UUUUCUUUCUCUAUGUUGCAUCACGGCUGCUGUUGGUCUCAUUGGAUCUGAUGACCAAGUGCCAGUGCUUCAGUGGACACAGCAGAAACUACUUGCUCAUAGCAUACCUCUGCCAAGACUACAACUUCCCUGAAACUAAGCGUGAGGUGAGAUGAGUGCGGAGACGUGGCUGCUGUUGGUGGCCGUACUAGUGUUGUUGUGGACCUACUCUAAAUGGCGACAUAAUUACUGGGCAUCUAAGGGCGUGGUCUCUCCGCCAGCCCUGCCAUUCAUUGGCCAUAUGAAAUACUUCGUUAUUGGUCAGCGCUGGAUUUUCUUAAAUAAGUUUUAUCGAGAGCUACGCAACCACAAGUUUUAUGGGCUGUACGAGUUUUUCAAUCCCGUACUUAUGAUUACUGUUCACAUCUUGGUGAAGGAUUUUGAACACUUUGUAGACAGGCGUCGGUUCGGGGACCAGGAAGGCUCCAUCAUGACUGAAAUGCUCACUAAUAAAUUUGGUGAGGAAUGGAAAGACCUUCGAGCUGUCAUGACUCCAACAUUCUCAUCUGGCAAAAUGCGAAGUAUGUUUCAUUUGAUUUGCGAAAAAGCAGAUAACCUGGUUUCUUUUUCUCUCAAGAAUGCAGUCAACAACAGGCCUGUUGACAUGAAGGACAUGUUUGGUCGUUUCACCAUGGAUACAAUUGCUUCUUGUGCCUUUGGUAUUGAAUGCAACUCGCUUUCUGAUUCCAAGCCCGUGUUUGCAGACAAAGCUGGGCAGUUUUUCAAUUUUCAUGGUCUUAAAGCAUUGAAAAUGACUUUCAUGAUAGUCUUACCAAAAUUAUAUAAUUUUCUUGGAUUCAAAGUGGAUGAUCCCCAGAUUGAAUUUUUCGCAAAGCUCUCCAAAGAAAACAUUGAGCUUCGGGAGAAAGGAGAAAGACGUGGAGACUUCUUAGAUCUGCUGCUGGAGGCGAAAGCUUCGGAAAACGAUAUCCGUCCAGGAAAAAAAGUAUUUGGAGAGCAAACGUUAGUCGCGCAGAGUGUGCUAUUCCUUGUGGCUGGUUAUGAUACCACUGCUUCGGCACUCGCCUUCUCUGUCUACAACAUUGCCAGGCAUCCCCAGUACCAACAUCAGCUUCGGCAAGAGCUGCAGGAGCUUGUGAAGGAGCACGGCUCAAUCAACUACCAGGGGAUCAUGGAAGCCAAAUACCUGGAUGCUGUUCUAAUGGAGACGCUGAGACUGUACCCACCAGGAACUGUAGGGGAGCGGAUGUGCACCAAACAAUACAAGAUUCCUGGCACAGACUUAAUUCUGAACCCAGGAAACUUGAUCCAGUUCCCCCUGUGGAGCAUCCAUCAUGACCCUCAUUACUGGCCCGAGCCCGAGGAGUUUAAGCCUGAUCGCUUCCUGCCACAAAACAGGGGCAGCAUCAUCAGUUUCACGCACAUGCCCUUUGGUAUGGGUCCCAGAAACUGCAUAGCCAUGAGAUUCGCCCUCAUGGAGGCGAAGGUGGCCCUGGCUCAACUCAUCUUGGCGGCCGAGGUAAAGCUGGCACCAGGACAUGAAAAACUGGAAUUCCAAGACUCUCCCUUUCUAAUGAGACCAAAAGGUGGUGUGAUGCUGUUGCUCACACCACUUAAAAAAGAGUGAAAAGACUUAUGUUAUGUAAGAGGACAACCAGAGCCUGAGAAUCCAGGAGUGAAGGUAAGUAACGUGAUGUAUUAGCAUCGAUACCCAACCAGCGCAGAAUACCCAUCAAAAACAUUCAACUCGCAAAACUACAAACUUUUCUAGAGCAGACGGUCUGCUACACCUAUCACUUGAUUGCGCACCUAUUUCUGUGUCUAAUAAUAUGUGUCUGGUCUUACUGAGACCACACUCAAAGGAUGAAAAUUUCUUGGGUACUGGCCGUAUCUUUAUUUAUUGCAUCACUCAUAGCAAACUUAUUAUUGAUCACAAAAACCUCAUUGUGGUCUUAUGUUAAAGCUUCAGAGGUGUAUUAUGCCAUGCUAUUGUUAAAAAUAAAAGCAAAACGAGUUACAAAAAUAAAUAAAAUAAAAUAAAUAAAGGCGUGCUAACUCAGUAUUUUUGCAAUUGACGAAGCUCUGUUCUGUACAUGAUUUAAUAGAGAAUACAGCUAUGUACGACAGUUUUUGCCUUAGUAACACAUCAUUACUUCCUCCUUUCACUUUGCAGGAAAAGAGGUAUGAUGAGCUGUUUUUCUUUAAUCUAGUUAAUCAAGUAUUUUGAAAUGGCAGUUAUGGUGUCAUUUAGUCCAAAAAGAGUAUGAAUAAAUUGCUAUUUUUCAGACUAUAGUUGUUUGUUAUUAAUUUUUACAUCUAAAUGCCAACCUUUCCCAAGCCUUAAAUCCUAUGUAGUCGUAUGCGCUGCAGUCGCUUAGGCUAAUGCUUUCUUUUGCAGAAAAAAUUCAGUCGCAAUUUAGUACUUCCUUUAACACUGAAGUUACCUUGUAUGACAGGCAAAGCAAAUUUUUCUCUUGGUGAAAGCACAAACUAGUAGAUUAGAAAGACAUUCUCAGCACAUUCUGAAAGGAGAAAAUAAUUGAACUUCCCUCUUUCACAACCUCAGUGCAUGAGGAAAAUUAUAAAAAAAUUUUCGAUUUACUUAGGUAGAAACUUCACUUUAAAAAUAUUACAAUGAAGAAAACUUGUAAGGUUACUUGUGAAAAAUAGUGAUAGGUUAAAGUGAUGAUUGUUCUGUGCAGAUAAUAGAUGCUGUCAUGUGAACUGAGGAAUGAAUCAUCGUAGUAUGCCAAUUUUCCCAUCAUCACAGACUCCAAAACAGUGCAUACGGUACACUUUAGGAAUACUUAUCACUAUCAAUAAUAUGUACAAGUAGCAAUGUCAAAUACCGCUACAUAUAGCUCAUUUUGAGUCUCAAAUGACUCAAAUGCUGCCUGUACAUAAUAUUAUUAACAAUGAUAAAUAUUCAUAAAGCUCCCCACAAACGAUUUUGGACACAUUAUUGACGAGUAGGUUGCCUUGGUAAGAUGAUACAAUCUUGAGUUCCUGUGAUCAUGGUUACAAAGGGGUGGCGAGGAUCCGUCUCAGAACGCUUUAAUUAAUAUCGAGCAUAUUGAAAUAUUUUAAACCUCAGUAAUAAUGAAGAUAUUUUAAAAGAAUUCAUUUUAAAAUUGUUGGAACAAACACGAUAAAAAAAAAAACAUUCUAAA